CAUCAAUUACUGAAUCGGAGACACGAAACUCGUUACUCCCUGCAAACUCUCAUCAGACGACUCAAAAACUGAUCACCCGUACCCGCCCGCCCAAAUUCGAUCUCCUCUCUCCUCUCUCUCACACACACGCACACAGAACAUUGGAAUCAGAUCUUGGGAAGAAGAAUAACUACACCACAAUCACUAGGCGCAGCGUCAGCGUCAAAUGCGCACACACAUAUAUAUAUGAUUGAGGGAUUGAUCCGUGGUUAGUGUUGGAGAAGAUGGACUCGGUGUCGAUUCGCGUGCCCUACCAGAAUCUGAAACAGGCGGAAGUGGAAUUGGUAGGUGUGGACGAAGCUCAGCUUCAACAGAUCGAGUUGAUUAAGAAGUCUAGGGUUUCUAAUGGGUCAUUCUCCGAUCCGCCACUUACAUCCCCGUCUCAGCAACCAGCCAAACACAGCAGUUUGAUGACCUUGGUUCUGAGUUGUACGGUCGCUGCCGGUGUUCAAUUCGGUUGGGCUUUGCAACUUUCGCUUCUCACUCCUUACAUUCAGACGCUUGGAAUAGGGCAUGCUUUUUCUUCAUUUAUCUGGCUUUGUGGCCCUAUUACUGGCCUUGUGGUCCAACCUUUCGUUGGUAUAUGGAGUGAUAAAUGCCAUUCAAAAUAUGGAAGAAGAAGGCCAUUUAUUCUUGUUGGAUCUCUCAUGAUCUCAGUUGCUGUGAUAAUUAUCGGGUUUGCUGCAGACAUUGGAUAUUUAUUAGGGGAUACAAAAGAACAUUGCAGUUUGUAUAAAGGUACUCGAACAAGGGCAGCUAUUGUCUUCAUCAUUGGGUUUUGGAUGCUGGAUCUUGCUAAUAAUACUGUGCAGGGCCCGGCUCGCGCGCUUCUGGCUGAUUUAUCAGGCCCGGAUCAAAGAAACUCAGCAAAUGCUAUAUUUUGCUCGUGGAUGGCUGUAGGAAACAUCCUGGGGUUUUCUUCUGGUGCUAGUGGAAACUGGCACAGGUGGUUUCCUUUCCUGAAGAGCGUAGCUUGCUGUGAAGCCUGUGGAAACCUUAAAGCAGCAUUUUUAGUUGCCGUGGGCUUCCUGACUCUAUGUACACUUGUGACUCUCUAUUUUGCCAAGGAGAUUCCAUUAACCCCAAAGCCGCCUCAACGUUUGUCAGAUUCUGCUCCACUCUUGGAUGAUCCUCAACAGCUUGUUUUUGACCUUUCAAAAUCACAGACUGAUAAUAAUAGUGUCACUGAGAAUGCAGUGGCGAAAAGUUCUGAAGAUGGUUACGAAAUGAAUAGAAAUAUAAACAAUCCAGACUCUAAAAUUGAGGAAAAUGGAAAUGAAAGUUUCAGUGAUAGUCCUGGAGCAGUAUUGGUAAAUUUGUUGACCAGCUUAAGGCAUUUACCUCCGGGCAUGCAUUCGGUGCUAAUUGUCAUGGCUCUUACCUGGCUGUCCUGGUUUCCCUUUUUCCUUUUUGACACGGAUUGGAUGGGGAGAGAAGUUUAUCACGGGGACCCGAAAGGGGAAAUGUCUGAAGUUCGAUUAUAUGAUCAAGGUGUCAGAGAAGGUGCAUUUGGUUUGCUAUUGAAUUCAGUUGUUCUUGGCAUCAGUUCUUUCUUAAUUGAACCAAUGUGUAAGCGGAUGGGUGCAAGACUAGUUUGGGCAAUGAGCAAUUUUAUCGUGUUUGCCUGCAUGGCAGGAACUGCUAUCAUAAGUUUAAUUUCAGUGAAAGAUUAUUCAGAAGGGAUUGAACAUGUAAUUGGAGGAAAAGGAACAAUUAAGAUUGCUUCCUUGGUUGUUUUUUCUCUUCUUGGCUUUCCACUUUCUGUCACUUAUAGUGUUCCCUUCUCUGUCACGGCAGAAUUGACCGCUGAUACUGGAGGUGGCCAAGGGUUGGCGAUUGGAGUUCUAAAUCUUGCAAUUGUUGUACCUCAGAUGAUUGUAUCUCUUGGUGCGGGUCCAUGGGAUGCUUUAUUUGGUGGAGGAAAUAUACCUGCAUUUGUUCUGGCAUCAUUGAGCGCCCUUGCAGCUGGUAUUAUUGCAACACUCAAGCUGCCAGAUCUUUCAAGCAGUUCCUACAGAUCAACUGGUUUUCAUUUUGGCUGACUUCCUUUUCUCAAUGAGGCGAUGACCCACUUCUAGUCCAUACGAUCCCCAGCAACCAACGGACGAAACAAAGCGAUAACUUUCCAGAAAAAGAUGGUUCCGUUGCCAUGCGUAUCCAGUAUAUUUCUUAUCAUACAAGAGUUUCACACUUCAUAUUCAGAUUCAUUCAUUUUCCCAGUUGGGAUCCGUAGUAAGUUGAGUGUAAAUCGUAAAACCUUUACUUAGAGCAUACAAGGAUGUGAUAGCAAAAAGCCUUUACUCUCUCAUUCUUUGAGAGGAUCCUGAGGUCGGAUCCUCAUAAUUCCCUCACUUCAUUGGUGACAUGUUUCCUUCAGUAUAGAAAUGUAAUUCGAUGAGCUUGUACUAUUAAAUAAAGCAUUUAUUUUGAAUGGCUUGAUUCUUACUGUGA